AUGCGAAUACUAUCUUCUUUAAUCACCGCUCUGGCGGUUGGACUAGUCCCCGCUACUCUCGGGCAGAUCAUCUCGUACACUCCUUCCCUAGGGCGAGGGGUCUCAUACAGCGUUAAUAUCCCGGACGACACGGCGUCGGCCGGCUCUGGGCCCAUUUAUAUGCAGCUGACAGCACCCUCGGACUUGAGAUGGAUGGCCUUGGGGCAAGGCUCCCGAAUGACGCACGGUAAUCUUUUUAUUGUCUACUCGGCAUCGGCAGACAACGUGACGUUAUCCACACGAAAGGCUCUGGGCCAUUACGAGCCCGUGUACGACUCGGAAGUGGAGGCCACUUUGCUGGACGGGUCCGGCAUCGUCGACGGGGUGAUGACCGCCAAUAUCAGAUGCGACAACUGCAUGCAUCUGUUCAGCGGAAAAAGCAUCAUGGGCUCGGCCAGCGAGUGGGUCUGGGCCGUCAACAAGGGUGCUGCUCUCUAUUCCACCAACGUUUCCCAACACCUGACCCAGCACGACUGGCACGGCAUCUUCUCCUUGGAUCUUACCCUAGCCACAGGAGGCGAUUCGGCGAACCCCUUCGCCUCCAACGCAUCUUACUCUACUGUUAACUAUUCCUCCAAAUCUAAGCAGCAACAGAUCAGCGAUACCAUCCUCCACAAGAAACGCAUCGCACAUGGCGUCAUGACGUCCGUUGCCUUCGUCCUCCUCUUCCCUAACUUCGCACUUACCCUCUUCAUCUUCCCAUCGCGAUACACCGUUCCGUGGAUCCACGCUCCCCUACAGCUCUUCGGGGCCUGCCUGGCGUUGGCAGGCUUUGGAGUCGGUGUCUCGGUCUCCCGCGAUCUUCAAGAGCUCGGGGGCUACCAUCCAUCCAUUGGAUAUGUGGCUGUAGGCGGCGUCGUGGUUCUUCAGCCGAUCCUGGGUAUCAUACAACAUAUCAAAUUCCGACGGACGAGGAAAUCCACCUGGUUUGGGGUUGCACACCGUUGGCUGGGUCGUGGCCUCGCUGCUCUGGGUACCAUCAACGGGGGCGUCGGAUUCUACUAUGCCAGAGCCAAAAACCCCGACAUCCCACCAGCCUCUCCGAUUGCAUAUGGCGUCAUCUGCGCCGUAAUGUUCCUCAUCUACGUCUCAGUCAUCUGGUGGAGAAAGUCGAGGGACAAAGCUAAAGCCAAACUGCAAAUACCAACAGAGAAAGUCCUAUCCGACACAGACAGCGGUCUCUCUGGCCGUACAGCCUGCGAAGAGGUUUAG